AUGACAAACAGGCCCGAGGGAAAGGAUUACAGCGUACACAGGCUCAUUUUGGGCACUCACACGUCUGAUGAGCAGAAUCACCUGGUUAUUGCUAGCGUGCAGCUGCCCAUUGAUGAUGCCCAGUUUGACACCUCGCACUACGACAGUGACAAAGGAGAGUUUGGAGGCUUUGGCUCAGUAAACGGCAAGAUUGAGAUUGAAAUCAGGAUCAAUCACGAAGGAGAAGUGAACCGUGCCCGCUAUAUGCCCCAGAACCCCUGCAUCAUUGCCACUAAGACCCCCACCUCAGAUGUGCUGGUGUUUGAUUACACCAAGCAUCCUUCAAAGCCAGAUACUCCAGGAGUGUGUCGCCCUGAUCUGCGUCUCAGAGGCCACAAGAAAGAAGGCUAUGGUCUAUCCUGGAAUUCAAAUCUGUCAGGAGCUCUUCUUAGUGCGUCAGAUGAUCACACAAUCUGUCUGUGGGACAUCAGUGCUGUUCCCAAGGAGGGCAGGAUAGUAAAUGCAAAGACGGUCUUUACCGGUCACAGUGCUGUGGUUGAAGACGUCUCUUGGCAUCUGCUUCACGAGUCGCUCUUUGGAUCUGUAGCAGACGACCAGAAGCUUAUGAUUUGGGACACUCGUUCAAACAAUACCUCCAAUGCCAGCCAUGCAGUGGAGGCCCACACAGCAGAGGUCAACUGUUUGUCAUUUAACCCUUUCAGCGAGUUCAUCGUUGCCACCGGCUCAGCAGACAAGACCGUGGCUCUUUGGGACUUGAGAAACCUGAAGCUAAAGCUACAUUCCUUUGAGUCGCACAAAGAUGAGAUCUUUCAGGUUCAGUGGUCACCUCAUAAUGAAACCGUAUUAGCAUCUAGUGGAACAGAUCGCCGCCUCAAUGUCUGGGAUCUCAGUAAAAUUGGCGAGGAGCAGUCUCCAGAAGAUGCAGAGGACGGCCCGCCUGAGCUUCUGUUUAUCCACGGAGGCCACACAGCCAAGAUCUCUGACUUUUCCUGGAACCCCAAUGAACCCUGGGUCACCUGUUCUGUGUCUGAGGACAACAUUAUGCAAGUGUGGCAAAUGGCUGAGAACAUCUACAAUGAUGAAGAACCUGAGGGUACAAUGGAAAGUGAAGCUACCGCGUAACACCUCCACGUGUCGUGUGCAUUCACCUACAAGCCUGAUCACAAAUAGUUCCACUCAGCUACUCCACCAUCCUGCUCCGCUUCCAUCGGGACACUAAAUGCUAAGAACACAGUGUGACUAAAUGUAGCGCUGGCUUGUUUUGGAACACUGAAAGUGACUCGUUUUAGUAACUUACUGCCUCAAGAAUUUCACUUUUUUCAUUUUUAUUUCUUUAUUGUUUUUUUCAAUGCACUUAUGUAUAAUCUGUAUUUUUGUAAUUAACUGGCUCUUCCUUGUACAAUGCUAUAUUGUAAAUGCUUUCUUUCCCUAAUAAAGUGUUAUUGAACAAUUAAAA